CGUCGAUACUUGAUAUCAUUUCACGAAACUUGAGUCAAUUUAGUGCCAAAGAUCUCCUGUUCACCUCAGUCUGUCGCUUCAAUUCCGACGAUAUAAUAAACAAAAUGAGGCUCUCAUUUCUCGCACCCGUUCUCGCCCUCCUCCCUGCCUUCGUUACGGCCCAAUACGACGUCCCCUCUGCCCCGUUCAAGCUCGUCGUGCUCUCAGAUAGCUCAACCCUCAACGGCACCGUGCUCUAUUCAUGCCACGAGGGCGCCUCGAUCGAAGGCCUCUGCACCGGCGGCACCUCCAACCCAGCCUAUUCAACAUACACCCACAACACCUCCUCCAAUGCCGGCGAGGUCAACGAGACCCUUGGGGCCUCCGGCUACCUCAUCUGGGUCCUUCCAGGGGGUACUUUCAACGAGUCCGAGACGUUGACUCUAAACGUCAACCCGAUCUCCAAUGUCGCGCUGCCGCUCUUCUGGCCGAGUAUCGAAGACUCGACGUCGGUGGCAUUCGACAGUAACGGGUUGCUGAAUAUCCAGGGGUACUUUGACGAUCGCGUCGUUCCGAUUGUUGGCAGUACCUCGUAUGUGGCGUACUACCGCUGGUACGUGUGCACUACGUAUUACCAGGGGUAUACGUAUCAGACGCUGGCAUGGGCAUUAGGGGAGUUCCCACCGGAGAAUCCGACUUGCCAGGCGGUUAGUGUGAAGCAGGUGUUUUUGUAGAAGACUUAGGGUUACUGGGGUAGCCGAUGAUCCGGAUUACGGUUGGAAGAGGAAAAGAAGAGAUAUUGCGGACGCAAGAUGAAGAAGCCGGUUGUCUUGAAGAUUGUGCCUACAAGUCGUGCUCAAGCUUAGGAUAGCAGCUCAUAAUGUUUAAACGCUUCAUGAUUA